UGCAAACAAAAAGUGUGUGUCUGUGUGCCAGUGAGCCAGUGCAUCGCGCCCCAUCUGCACGCUUCUUUCUCCCCUCACUGCGACGGGCGAUACACUGUCACUGUCACUUUCUCCACAAGGAAAUGUACUAACGCGGCGAACAGAGGAGGACGCAUCUCUCACGACUUUUGGCGACAAAUUUAUAUCAAGCAUCACUUUGUGGAUUAUUAUCCCUUAUCAUCAAAAAAGACAAAGAUGGAGGAAUCAAGCUCCCAAAAAUUGGUGUGGGACGGCGACGCCAAAGCAGUACAGCAAUGCUUAACGGAUAUUUUUACAAGCGUCUACACAACAUGCGACAUUCCAGAAAAUGCAAUUUUUGGGCCUUGUGUAUUGAGCCACACAUCUCUGUAUGACAGCAUAGCCUUCAUAGCCCUAAAAUCAACGGACAAGCGAACUGCGCCUUAUAUCUUCAGGGUGGACACCUCGGCGGCCAACAGCACUUCGGAGGGUCUGAUGUGGCUACGGCUCGUGCAAUCUGCCCGGGAUAGGGACGAACAGAACCUUGAGGCCUAUGUCAAAAACGGGCAGCUGUUCUACCGGUCUCUCCGGAGAAUUGAGAAGGACGAGGAGCUUCUGGUCUGGUACGGGAAGGACUUGAUCGAGCUUCUUGUACUGAGUUCGAGCAAAGCGCCUGCCAAAAACAAGAGUACAUCCUCCCAUUCCUGUCCUGACUGCAACCAACGUUUCCAGUUUGAGUUCCCCUUCCUGGCUCACCUUAGGUUCCGUUGUACGAAGAGACUACAGAGCAUGGCUGGCCCGGAUGAGGAGUCUGGUAAGGACAAUGUCAGUGAGCGCUCCAACAUAACCCCAGCCAGGGCCAGCCCCAAACUAGGCCGGGCCGAGGGCUUCCCCAGCCCCCAGGACAAUAGCAAACCCUCCACAGACUUUCACAACCUGGCUCGGGACCUGGAGAACAGCAGGACAAGCCCGCCCAGCGACAAAGAGGCUGAGAUCCGCAGCGAGAGCUCAGGGAAGAGGACGUUCUCGGAGACGGAGGAGAGGGAGGGUCCCCGAGCCCCCAGCAUGCCUCAAUCCAAGUCAAAGGAGGAGCUUGCCAGUUCAGCGCAGAACUACAGAGGGGCCUACGGUCUGGAGGAGAAGCGUCCAUCGGGGUCCACAGAGUCGAGCGAGGCAAAGCGAAGCGCCUUUACUGAAGUUAAGAAGUCACCGCAGAGUCUGAAGCAACACAACAGCACCAAAAACCUCCAGAGCUCCAAUGCAGAGAACAAGGAAGGGAGCCGUCCCAGCAGCAGUCCCCUGGAGAAGCACCUGAACAUCAGGCAGGUUCUGUCAGAGACCCAGCCUCCUCAGUCACGCAUCGAGGCAUCGUCCAUGGGCAGCGCCUUCACCUCAGUCGGCCAACAAGGUGAGCAGCGGAAGAGCGCCUUCAGCCAGCCAUCACGGUCAUCCUUCUCCCAACUUCCCUCGUCCCUCGGGAUGCCCCCCAAGCUGCUAGACUGCCACCCCACGGUGGGUGACACCAUCUCCUCCAGCAGACUGUACCAGGCUGACCACCUGGCUGCCAAGCUUCAGAGUGCAGAGCUGGGAGCCAACUGCCCGGUACCAGGCGGUAUGGCCAAGCAGAGCCCCUUCCUCUACACCGCCUUCUGGCCCAAAAGCUCGGGACCGAUCCAGAUGCAGAUGCCGUCUGCUCUCACCCUGCUGCCGCCCUCAUUCACCUCGCUCUGCCUGCCGGCACAGAACUGGUGCGCCAAGUGCAACGCCUCUUUCCGCAUGACCUCAGACCUGGUCUACCACAUGAGGUCCCACCACAAAAAGGAGUACGCUAUGGAGCCACUAGUCAAACGCCGGCGGGAGGAGAAACUCAAGUGCCCCAUUUGUAACGAGUCUUUCCGGGAGAGACAUCACCUGUCACGUCACAUGACCUCCCAUAACUGACCUGCAGAGCUGGAGACAGAGAGAAAAACUUCUCGUCUCACUUGGAUUUACUGACUUUAACAGAGUGGAGAUCUCCUCUUAAACCUGUGCACUUGUUUUCACUUUCAACAACAAGAACAAUGCUUUUUUUCUUUUGUCUGUUAUUUUUCUUGAUUGAGUGUUUUGAGUGUAUGCAAAUGCAUUUUAACCUUUAAAAUGAAUCUAUUUAUCAUAUGAAGCACUUAAAUUGGGACAUAAAGGGAAGAUAUGAAUAUGUGUAAAUGUACAGUAAGUUGUAUUUUAUAUUAUAUUAAUACAGAUAUAGAAAAUGAUUAAAGAUAGUUGCACUUCAUGGUUUACAAAUCAAUUUGUUUUUUCAUGUCCGCAAUGAAAGGUUAAAUAUCGACACAAAUUGGAAUAUUAUGUCUAUACUUCAGAGUGCAUGUAAUAUUAAAUAGACAUUGAUUUAAGAUGCAGUCUAUACAGUACAAUGUAAAUACCCGUUUGUUUGAAAUACAAAGUGUAAUAUUUUGUGUCGGUGGGAAAUAGUUUCAGUGUUUCUUCCUUUUGCUGAAAUUUACUACUUGAUAGUUUAUCUAAUCAUGGUGAAUGCUUUGACAAUAAAAUAGCUUUAUUUUCAGCUG